AUGGGGAGAGGGGAAGGGAGUGGAUGCGGGUCAGAAGAGAGCUUAAGCCUCGCCCGAGAUGAGCGGGGCGCGCUCCUCGUCGUGAAGCACAGAGGUGCCGGUGCGGAUGGAGGUGCUGAGAGCGCCUUGAGGACUGCGAACAGCGAGAGGAUGAAGAAGGCGAACGCGCUCCAGCGGAUGAACUUGCUGCUCUGGUGGAUGACUGAUGUCAGCUCUAAGGUCGCAGAAGGUAAGCUUACAGAUGGAGAACAGAGCCCAGGCGAUGACAGCGGCACCGGCGGGGUCACCCUGCUGGGUCGCAAAGGCGUACCCUGCCGCGGUCGACUCGAGGAAGACGAAGGCGAGGAAGACAAAGAUCUUGGUGAAGACGCCAGGCGGCUGGGUCUCGGCAUUCGUGCCGCAGGCCUGGAACAGCGAGAUGACGAUGAGAACGAUGGUCCCUGGGCGUUAGUUAUCCUCUGCGGGGGCCAACUUACAGCCGUGGAAGAGCGAGAAGGGAAGGUGGACGAAGAGCUCGGUCGCAAGCGAUUCCCGGCUGUUGUGCUCGGCGUUGAUGAUGUAGUAGAUCUGGCUGACGGCAGCGGCAACGAGCAGGCUCAUGAAGAAGGCGCUGAUGAAGUAGCCGUGAGCCCAGAGCCAGAUGUAGAUCGUGUUGAGGACGCCCAGGAGAGCAAAGCGGUACGAGAUGCAGUCAACGAUGAGCCUGGGAGUGAGCUGAAGUCUUGGAGCCCGCGACGUACUUCUUGCCGUUGUCGGUGA